AGCAGGUCCUUGCCAUCAAGGAACUCUCGGGGACCCGACUGUCACGCGCACGAAGCCGCAGCCCGAGGUGCCGGAAGUUUCCGGUGACGUGACGACGGCCGAGGAAGUGUCGCGAACGCGUGCGGUUCAGUGAUCCGAUCACAGACAUGCUUUUCCCGAACUGCAUCGGGAAUCUCUCGUUUCUCCGUGGACCGUGGGCUCCCUAGUGACGUCAGAUUGGGGACUGUGAGGCUCUUUUGGGAAAGCAUCGUUAUCCGACGAGCUCAGCUUUGAUCCUCCGGAAACGGACUAAUUAUCUUCGCAGAUGCCAGUGAAAUUGACAUGGUGGACCGUCGAUCGUGGACAUAUGAUCAACGUACUGCGGUCUGAUUCGCAAUAUCAACCGAACUUAUCUGGACAGAUUUGUUUAAAGGUCGCAAGGACGGCGUGAAGCUGGCCGACGGCUGGCGAAAUAGCACGACUCGCUUUCCUGAUAAGCUGCUCGUGUGGUAGAGAUUAUAAAAUAUGUGAAGCAUGGUUACUGGCAGGCCGGGGCCGCGGGAUUGAUCUGUAGAUCCCGAAAACGUCCGUAAACAAGGCAAAUAUGUAAACCAUGGUCGUCAGAAGCAACAAUUAAUCUCGGGCUAUGUUUGGUUUGUAAGAUAAGUCGAGAGGAUUACUGAAAUGGAUUGGUGUCAUCAUUUAGACGGCUCGAGAUGGAAGAUGUAAAGGUUGGUUCAAAGCAGCAAGGCUAGCAACCUCCGUCUCGAUGAUCUACGGAUGAGCAAGUAACCUAUGGCCAGUGAUGAUCCAUGGAGUGCGUUGUUCAGUGAUCGUGCUCCAGCGAACAAAAUGGAAGAUAUAAUAAACACCGUGUGUUGAUCCGAGACGCCUAACGACGACCCACGAAGGUCUCUCGACAGGCAACAACCCCCCGCUUUCGAGAAAGCACAUGACUCCAGCGUACCGUCGAUAAGGUGACCUCCUUCCUCCCUGGUGAUCGGGUUUUGUUGAUCGUACGGAUUGAUGCGAGAGGACUGAUCGCUCUCCAACGGAGAGACAAGCGCCGGCGAGUUGGUACCGAACAUGGUGUUGGAGCCCGGAGGCGGUCUGUCCUUUCCGCUGCCUCCCGGCAGCGGCUCCAGCGCCUCCGGAGGAUCCUUGCUGGCCCCGACCAGACUGUUUCAAAGGACGACGCCCGUGUUUCCAUUCCAUCUGACGGGAUGGCCGCCACAUCACCCGGUUCUGGGGCAGGUGCAAAGUCAAGUCCAGCAGAGUAUGCAGGCCCAGCAUCAGGCCGCUGCCGCUGCUGUCAGGUUCCUCAGUCAUCAUCACCCGCAUCAUCCGCAUCCGGCGCUGAGCAAUCAUUCCCUGGUACCGGCGAUCACCGGGCAUCACCCCACUGCGCAUCAUCUGCAUCACACUGCUGAUCACGGAGAGGAGGACGACGAAAAGAAGGGUUGCGACGGAGAAUCGGACGAGGGUGGCAACAAGAGGCGAAGGAGCAGAACCAACUUCAACAGUUGGCAGUUGGAAGAAUUGGAGCGGGCCUUCCUGUCGAGUCAUUAUCCCGACGUCUUUAUGCGAGAAGCUCUGGCUGUGAGACUCGAAUUAAAAGAGAGCCGCGUGGCGGUGUGGUUCCAAAACCGAAGGGCAAAGUGGCGAAAGAAGGAGCACACGAAGAAGGGUCCCGGGAGGCCGGCGCAUAAUGCCCACCCUCAAAGUUGCAGUGGCGAACCUAUCCCACCUGAAGAACUGAGACGGAAAGAGCGCGAGAGGCGACAGAAGAAGUUGCUCAAAGCUCUCGAGAGACAGCAACGGAAGCUCGCCGCUAAAGGCAUAACCGUGGACUUGUCGACACUGCGUGCCGAGUGGGAGUCUCGCAGCGAAGCGGCGUCGGGGCGAGGCGGUUCCGCGAGCGGUCCCCUGAGCAACUCCUUCGGUCAAUUAGGCCUAAGCAACGAGAGCAACAACAUUUCUGCUUCCGGCAACGACGCUAACGAGGAGAUCGACGUGGUGGGCGGACUGGACUCCUGCAGCGAAAGCGGAAGCGAACGGGUAGAUUCCGCGGCCGACGGCUCGGUAGACGGUGAAUGCUACCCGACGGUAAACAGUAGUAACGCCAGCGAGACCGGCGAGAGCCGAAAGAUCCCGACGCAAAACCCGACGAUGGAGCACCUGAACCACCAGUCCGGUAUUCACCAUUGGGGUUUGAGCUUACUGGAGCGGCGACGCGAGCUGGUGGCCGUCGGCACGGGUCGUCAGCAGGCCGGCAACGGGGGCAGAAAUCUGAUCAGGCAGGCCACCAGCGAAGAGGAAGUCCAAAGCGGUAGCAUCGACCUCUCGGUGAAGGGCAGGGAGGAGAGAAAGAGGCUGAACCCGUUCUCCAUCGAUAGUCUGCUGGGGAAUAACCGAAGUAGCGGAGCGUCGGAACGCAGGCCGGCGACGCCUACGACGCCGACGUCGCCGAUGUCGUCGGUCUGCACGUCGCCGUCUACGACGUAGUGAACAGGCGAAAGGGGAGACGCCGGAGUGAGCCAGUUCGAAGGGACGCGGUUGGCGAUGGUGAAGUGCGAUUAGUCGGGGUUCUCCUCUUCGGGAUGCCAGUGAACGGUGAAGUGAUACGUCGUCAGAUGAACUAAGACUGAAAGGUGGAGGGCGGUUCUUUCGUUGGUUCUCCCGGUCGGGAAACGAGUGCACGGAAGAACCGACACCGCUCCUGAUUCUCAUCUGAAAACCGGGACUCCAGCCGAAGACAACGGAUGUCGCGGAUAUCCUCGCGUACUUGUAGACACCCUCGUGUCCUUCGAGACGCGGAUGCGACUAGAUCUCUGAUAUCCCGGCGUCUUUGGACGACUUGAGAGAACCAAAGGAUGGGAGAAACACGUAGGUAGGUUGAAUUUUAGAGAGAUCCGAGAGAAUCCGCAAGUCGGAGCUGAAAUAAAUCGCAACUACCGUAACUCGAGUCCAAUCGAAUUCGGGAAUCCAGAAGUCACACGUCAUCAGCUUGGACCGAGAAGGCAUAUAUCAGUUCGACAUAUCGAAUGCAUGCGUGGCCGUCGUAGAUCGAAUGAGUUUGAUUUCAUCCAUUGUGUCUCCUUUCAAAGAAGAAAAUGGAAAAAUGUGCAAUAAACGCGGGCGCACUCGUCGGCUAGGCGAGUCGUUCAUUUUCGAGGUAAGAGCGAGAGAGUGAGAGAGAGAGAGAGAGAGAGGGAAAGAAAAAAAUGCAAGAGAACGAGUGCAUACGUAUGUAUUUAAUGUAAAUAGCGGGCAGGAGGUUUCGUUUUAUUUAAUUUGAGUAGUUGAUACCCCCCUCCAGUGUUCGUCGAUCGCGGAUAUUAUUUAAAGCAAUAGGGCAGGGGUUCUCAACACUUGACACUCGCGCGAAUCCGAGGGAAUUACUCGAAAAUUGUAUGCCAGCGCGAUUGAAAUUCCUACAGGGGAGAUAGACUGGCCGAAUUGGAUGACGUUAUCCAAGCGAACUGUUUCUUUUCUUUGCGGUAGUGAGAGAACAGUGUCGAGACGCGAAGGUGUGAAUGUGAGAAAGCUUUGAGGACCUCUGCGAGUAGGAUUUUGCCUGGUUGUAUAUACACUUAAAAAUCCUACGCGAGCGUGAGUACAGUGCGGUACAAAGAUUUGCUCUCCCCACCCCCGCAAGCAAGAUAGAUCUAUGAGCUCGGUUUAUGGUUAGGGGUGAUUAAGAGUUGCCAUACGAUGAUCCGGGAUAUGCGAAAAA